UAACUGAAAUAGGAAGGUGCUGAAACCCAAGUUUAUACUCGUUCGUAAGCUUCGUAAGAAUGUUGGUUAACCUGUUGUACUAAUUACAGAAUCUAUAAGACGAGGCUCCGGAAAUCGUGUAUGUUGUGUAAAUUGCAGGAUUGCGGGAAUGAGUAGGUUGGUAAUAUUUUUAGUAGAAGUGUCUGAAGGCAUCAUCCUUAGUUGAUUACCAGAAAAUUCGAAGUGACCCGUGAUAUCUUUGCAGCUUACUUCUCACUACGUACGUGUAAGUAAUCGAUUGGACAGUGAAAUUAGCCAUGACAUUAAUUGAGGGAGUGGGAGAUGAAGUAACUCAAUUUUUUGCGCUUGUUGUUGUUGUAUUGGUUGGACUGAUUGCAUGGUGGUCAACCAGAAUUGCUGACCAACCUCUGAUACGCACCGUUUUGAUUCUUGAGCGGAGAUCAAGACAUCGUGUUUCUGUGGAGCAACCUCAAGUACCAGCUACAGCGAGCUCUUCGCUUGAGAACGGUAUUGACACUGGCCAGCUUGAACCCCUGGGAUCCAAUGAUGAAAAUCAACAGGAAAUAGCUGGUGGUGCUGCUUGUCAGAUAUGUAACAAAGAAACUGGUAAUAUUUCAUCACCACCAGCUGCUGCCAGCAGUCCACAUAACCUGAAUGGUGAUGAAACCUGGGAACUACAUGAAAGCAGCAAUGGAACUGUAAAUGAGAGGCGCCAGUCUAGUUCAUCUCCAGUAUCAGUCCCAGGGAAUGGUAACAAUUUUGCAGAAAGUGGCAGCCAUGUAGAUGUUCCAUCUUUCAAUUCAGCUGCAAAUGGUACACAUUCCUGUCUUCUUCGAAGCAGGCGUUUAGCUUUCUUCCAGAGCAGACAGGCAACCCUGUUGGAUUCUCCUGUCACUGAUGGACCAGUACUUUCAACAUCUAGCUCAGCUGACAGUGAUAACAUUGAUACUGCUAAUAGUAUAAAUAAUGAACAAGGGCCCACAUUCAUUUCGUCAGACACUAAUGAUGAUUUACCAACGACGGGGAGUAUUCGAAUACGACUUAAAUAUCUUAACGAUGAUCAGAAAUUAGUGGAAGGAAGGCUGCAUGAACAACUUGGAGAUUUUAAGAGGCGUCACUUUGGCCUUGAGCUUGAUGCUGACAAACUGGUUCGUCUCAUCUUUAAUGGUCAGGUACUGCAGAGUGACAGUGAGACCUUGCAAGGCUAUGGGUUGUUUGACAACUGUGUAGUUCAUUGUCUUGUGCACCAGCAGCGCUCUGGGUCAGUGAAUCGGGCUGGUUCCGCUGAGAAUGCGUCAACACGUGAUUCAGCAACGAACUCCAAUGUCGCAGCAGAUGCAGCUCCCCACAGGGACUGGGACUUAGGAAACAUUCUAUUUGCUUCUUUGAGUGUCUUCUUGGGUCUUGCCUGGUACUGUCGCUACCAAUAUGUCCAGCUGUUUAAUGCCACUACUACAGUUGCCCUUGUAGGUCUUACAGGAAUCCUUAUUGUGUCUCUGGUUGGGAUCUACCUACCAGAUCAAGAUGGUAUCAGGCAAUGAACAUUAGCAUUAUGUUGUUAAAUCCACUUUUCUUAUUUGUUAGCAGAUUGAAAGAGGUAUUGUUCCAGUAUUGAAUCUCUUGUAGUUUUCUGUGUGUCUGCAUUCCCUAACAGUACAUACAUUAAAUGAAACAUCCUUAUUGGAGUAUAUAAAUUAUAUUAAUACUGAUAUACAGGUACAUUACUUUUGCCUUUAAUAACAUUACAUUAUUUCAUAAAUCAGAAGUCAUUUUAUAGCGAAACCAACAGAUAUAAAGUCCAGUGUUAAUUCAGUACUUGGGAAGUUACUUCUCUUUUGAAAGUUACAACUUGACCCAUCUCCAUGUGCUUGUGGAAGAAGUUUCUUUAACACUUCUUCAAAAGUGAAUGCUGUGAAUGGAUUAUCAAAUAUAUGCCUUCUGUUUUCCUUUAACAACCUUUAAAAAUAUACACUGCAUAAACUAUUGCUGUAAAAAUUGUGAAUCACAUCAUUUCUUUCCAUGGUAAAACAUGAAACAAAUUUUUAAAUUCUGCAUAGAGCAUGAGUAUGGCAAUACUGAGAGUAAUCACAUGGUAUAAUUUCUUAACCAUCUACUGAGGGUGGCCUGGUCAAAUUACAUGUCUUUUUUCUGCUCGUUGUUUUAAUAGGAAGAUCUUAUGUGUUAAAGUGCAAAGCAAAAUUCUGAUGUAAUUAAAUAAGAUUGUUAGGUGAAAAUGUGUAAAUGUAGGUAUAUAUAUGAAUUUGUUCUUUAAAAUUUUAAUUUUUAAAUCAUUUUUCAUCAGUGAUAUUGAAAUUUGAAAUGCUUCAAUAUUGUCCAUGAGGGUAACAUGUUCUGCAUUACUGUGCUAUCUUCAUGCAGUAUUGUUUAGAAAUAAAUUUCUUGUGUCUAUAUGCAUCUAAUGCCUGCCAAAGUACUAAAAUAUUCCAUAUGUAAAAUUUGUAAAGUAGAAAAUAAAAUAAUAUUUGUAAAUACUAAUAGUCA